CCAAGUGCCAUAAGGGCGAAAAAGUUAUUAUGGAGAACUUUGGCUCCUUGUUUUCCACAAAGUUCUUUGAGUUCCUAGUAAUAGAAAUAGCUUCUUUCAUAUUCCAGGGUGUCAGAAAGCUUCUUUGAAAUUCUAUUGAUAGAGAAAGCAACAGAAAUUCAAGAUUAUUGAUUGGUAAUUUGCUUUGUAUAAGAGAGAGAAAGACAGAGAGAGAGAGAGAGUGAGAGGGGAUAGGAGGCCUCCUAUCAUGAAGAGCUGUUCAAGGAUGAAGAUCAAGAUGCCAUGUGCAGGCUGCAAGCUUCUGCGCAGGAGGUGCACAAAGGACUGCAUAUUCGUGCCGUAUUUUCCAGCAACUGAUCCCGAGAAGUUUGCUGGUGUUCAUCGUAUCUUUGGUGCUAGCAAUGUUAGCAAGAUGCUGAGGGACAUCCCUGUGAACCAAAGGGGAGAUGCAGUUUGCAGCAUGGUGUAUGAGGCUCAUGCAAGACUUAAGGACCCCAUCUAUGGUUGUGUGGCUGCAAUUGUCUCUCUCCAGCACCAAGUCUCAAUUCUACAAGCCGAACUGGCCAUGACCAAUGCCGAUAACAUGAGCCUCAAGGCACAACUAUCAGAUGCCCUAUCCGCCCUUUCACAUGCAAGCCCUAGGGCCAUGGACCAUGUGCAAGGGAAGAUGUGCACCAUUACACAACUAUCUGAUGCUCUAACGAUCUUUGCACGUGCUAGCACAAGGGCUGCCAUGGAUACCGAACAUGCUAACACAUAUUCGUUCUCGACUGCACUUGAUCAUGGCUACUUGGAGCAACCCACCUCUUCUUUGCCCCAUCUCCUUGAUUGUGCAGAGCUUUUGUAAAACCAUGGAGGACAUGGAAGGUUGAUGUUGAUUUUUUGAAGGUCAUGGUAGACUAGAUGUAUAUAUAGGUUGAUUCAUUGUUAGGGUAAUAUGUCAGUAGGGAACCAGCACUUGGAGAACUUUUUCCUUUACCUUUCAUUAAUUAGGAAUGACUGAAAUCUUGUUAAUUCCAAAUGGGAUUUCAGACCCAAAAUCCAGGACCCAGGGAAGUAGGUUUGAGGUCAGGAUUUGGGGUUUAAUGCACUCUUCCUUUUAUUUGUAAGGAUUAUAUCUAUAAUGUUUAAUGCGAAGAUUG